AUGUCUGCCGUCAAACGAAAUGCCAAUGGUAAAUCAGCAAAGUCAUCGAAGAAGCUCAAGGAGGUUGAUGUUUCUUCUCGUGUUGGCUCCAGCUACCAAGUUGAUGUUCCGGAGUUUGUUUACAAUCGAUCACCAUCUUUUGCUUGCGAACGAUCUAUUAGGGAGAUCAAUGUUUGGAAUCCUGAGCACAGUCCGCCAUUAUCUGAUGUUGAUAUCUACUUAUCUGAAGCUAAGAAACACAAGUAUCCGGAAGAAUCUGCCAGAAUAUUUUUACAUUAUCACAAGUACAACGUACAACAAGCCCUGGAUGAUCUCCCUAAUUAUCAACCCAUCCUUAAUACUUAUAACAAGCUCGAAGUUAGACGUUUCUUGAAGUGUGUGGACAGUAGACCUCGUAAAAAUUUUGUCAACGUCAGUGAAUCAUUUCCUGCUUACCGUAUGGGUGAGCUCCAUGCUCUGUACUACGCUAUCGCAGCACCCUUUAAGGCUAUUCCGCGACAUAAUCGCAAGCAUGGUCGUCAAAUGCAGGUCUGUUAUGAGAGAGCCGUGAAGCGUGGUUUCACUGCUUCCAGUGCUGUUCCUGUACCGGUCAUUCCCUCUGUGGUGGAUCCUGAAGAGGCCGAGGCGGACGUCUCGUUUGAGCGAUACCUUUGCGAAAUGCUGGGUCAGGAGCGGGCCAACAAAGUUGUUGCCAGUGUCCGGCGAGGUCGUUCGGUGACCGAUCCUCCCACUGCUUCUAAUGCGACUGUGCACGUGCGUCUGCCCUAUGGCGGCAUUGCGAAUGGAGCACUCCCCUUCGGUCGUAGAUAUGUUGCUGCCGCUGCUGCCACAGAAUCACUCGUCGGCAGUUCUGACCACUCUUCAGCCCUGGAAUCUCACUCUAAGGCCGCUAAACGGAGCAUUCCACCCGAACUCGACUUCGACUACGGCAAGUUUAGAGAAUUCGUGACAACUCCCGUCGAAGAUUUGAAACAAAAGCAAAAAGAGUCAAAAGCAACGCUCUCGUCGCUGGACACUGAACUGAAAGUUCGCACCGAGGUAUCUUGGGCUUUUGAACCCUUUAUCCUUUGUAGUUUAUCAUUAGUUGAUCGGAGUCAGCAUUUUGCUAACACCUACACACUAAAAUUCUCUAAUGUUUCCUUCCGCUGGACAAAGUCAGAAUUGGCGCUUCUCCUCAUGGCUCUCAGGGAAUAUGGCAAGGACUUCAUCAAGGUUGCAAGAAUUUUGGGAACAAAGUCGGAAAGCAUUGUUCGCGACUUUUACAAUAAGUAUCACGAUAGAUAUGAUUUGGAUGCCCUUGUUGGCAAAGAGAAUGGUAGAUCGGAGGAGUUUACUAAGAUUCCCACGGAAAACUUAGAAGAUGAAGCCUCCCACUUACCAGAACCGGAACUAGUGGUCAGCGAUCGCUGCUCAAUGGAAUUAGGUGCACUUGCGACCGAGGUGAAGAAGGACCCCGAAGUGGAGACCCUUCUGCUGAAUGGGCUGCUGGAAUCCGCCCCGAAGAGCCCCGUCGCUGAGUUGGAAUCAUCUCCUAUCGUCACUGCGCCCUUGAAAAUCAGUCCUAUAGGUUCCCCACGUACAGAAGCGCUUUCUGCUCCUGGUGAAAGUUAUUCACCGAAAGCCUCCCCUGACAGUUCCUCAAAGGAAGCAAUCGAGCAGGAAAGAAAUCACUUCCCUCAAAAUGUGAUGAGUACCAAGGCAGAAGUAGUGAAAAUGGAUGACGAAGAGGAGCCAACCUCCCCAUGUACACGUGGACAAAAGAAGCCUCCUAGAGAGGCUACUGCAAAGAUUGCUGCUUCGUCUAAAUCGACUGCGACUCCAACUGCUGUUAAACGACGUCGUUCCCGUCGCUCAGUUGAUGAAGUUCAAACGACUCCACGCCGUACGCGCACCUCAAAUUCCGUGUCUACUACGUCUCGUGUGAGAAGUGGAAUGCAAACUCGAAGGUCUGCUGUGGAGAAAGAAAAGGCGGAUCAGCUAACGCGGUCCCAGAAGCAAAAACAAGGAGCGGAGGCGAAGAAAGGGAAGACAUUGACUAACCGUAGCAGAAGAGGCCAGUCACUGGAAAGAGGCGAAAAGGAGAUAGGUGAACGAAAAAGGAAAAGUACAGAGGUGGAGAAACCUGCCGUAAGCUCGCGUCGGCGCAUCUCGUUGCCUAGUCAGGCAUUGGUGACCACAGAGUCACCUAGGAAGCGUACCCGCGCCUCCACUGUCACUCCAUCCUCCCGUCCCUCCUCUCGGCAGCGUAGGUGA